UCUUCACUAAGGAGGUCUUCUCCGUCCUUUGACGCACGCUAAGUGUACCUAUGGUCAUCCCUGGAGGGGUUAACCGUGUGUGUGGUAACGCAUUCCUGGUUGUUUGUGUAGAGUGGCUACAGCCCACUCACUGCUCUUUGACUCUAUUACCCUUAUAAGGCAGCCGGCACCAUGGCAACCAGAGGGCUUGAAUAGCAGUGUCAAAUCCCUGAACACACAGACACACGCUCGCUCGCCCUCCACCACUCAGAGAGAGAGAGAGAGACAGAGACAGAGAACAGAGCGAGGCUUGUUGGCCAGUCACCACAGACGCUCGGGUCAGCUGUCUCUCCUGACCGUUGGAUCUCAUGAUUUACUGAUGAAUGGAGAAAGGCAGGGCACGGGAAACAGCGGACGGCUAGAAGAGCUUAAGGUCGGUUCUUGGGAAUGCUGAGGCCCCGCAGACCGAACGGCUGGACCAACCGGCACUGACGAAAUAAGCUUAGAGGGAUUCGCUCCGGGGGCGGCUCUGAAUUCUCGACGCGGGAAGGUUUCUCAAGCAGCUCCUGCUGGUGAACACAGAGAUGGCCAUGGUGAGCGGGGGAUGGGCCAACCCCAAUGGCGGCGCUAAUGGACUCGGUGAGAAAGGUUACCUGCGGGGGGAGGAGGAGAGCAGCUCGCCCCGGGCGGGGAACAGCGACGCCGAAGGUGGCGAGGAGGACAAGGCCUGCGUGGUGGACUGCGUGGUGUGCGGGGACAAAUCUAGCGGGAAGCACUAUGGCGUUUUCACCUGUGAAGGGUGCAAGAGUUUCUUCAAGAGGAGCAUCAGACGGAACCUCAACUACACCUGCAGGUCAAACAGAGAGUGUCAGAUUGAUCAACACCACCGUAACCAGUGUCAGUACUGCCGUCUGAAGAAGUGUUUCCGGGUCGGUAUGAGGAAAGAAGCGGUCCAGCGUGGUCGAAUCCCUCCCUCCCACGCCGGCAUCAGUCCAGCCUCCAUGGUUGGAGCGGGUGGUGAUGUUGGAGGUGGUCACGGCAUGGGUGCUGAAUUCUUCAAUGGUCAGCCGGUGUCUGAACUCAUCUCUCAGCUGCUGAGAGCAGAGCCGUACCCCAACAGCCGCUACGGAGCCCAGUGUGGCCAGCAGCUCGCAGGAGGCAACAGCUCAGUCAUGGGCAUCGACAAUAUAUGUGAGCUGGCGGCCCGGCUGCUCUUCAGCACCAUAGAGUGGGCCCGGAAUAUUCCCUACUUUCCUGACCUGCCCGUAUCGGAGCAGGUGGCCCUUCUAAGGCUCAGCUGGAGUGAACUGUUCAUCUUGAAUGCAGCUCAAUCGGCUCUGCCGCUGCACACGGCACCCCUGCUGGCAGCUGCCGGUUUUCAUUCCUCUCCCAUGCCCGCUGACCGCGUCGUGUCCUUCAUGGACCAGGUGCGGGUUUUCCAGGACCAGGUGGACAAGCUGACACGACUGCAGGUGGAUUCUGCUGAAUACAGCUGUCUGAAAGCCAUUGCUCUGUUCUCACCAGACGCAUGUGGGCUGUCAGAUCCGGUGCACAUCGAGAGCCUGCAGGAGAAAGCACAGGUGGCCCUUACCGAGUACGAGCGCAUGCAGUAUCCAGGUCAGCCGCAGCGCUUCGGCCGACUCCUGCUGCGACUGCCCGCCCUGAGAGCCGUUCCCGCCAACCUCAUCUCUCAGCUCUUCUUCAUGCGGCUAGUUGGAAAGACGCCAAUCGAGACGCUUAUCCGGGACAUGCAGCUCUCUGGAAGCUCCAUCAGCUGGCCGUACGUGCCAGGACAGUAGAUGAACAAUCAGAGGACUUGUUCCCGUGUCCCAUCUCAGGCUGCUCCCAUGAUUCCACAGUAACCCUGUGGAUAGAUGUUGUGUUUGGGGUUUUGUUGAUCGUGUAUAUACUGUAUGUCUAAAAGAAGUUGACACAUAUGUUCCUAUGCAGUUUAAAUGAGCCAUCCAGUACCAGGAUACCUCAUGUUUCACAUCAUGAGCAACAAUUCUGUCAAAAACAUUUGACGAGAUGAAUGAUAAACAGGGGACUGAUUAUAAAGAAGACACAGAUCUAAAGCUUUAAAGAAGAGCUUAUAAUACCUUCUUUUUCAGAGCAUAGUGAGCUAUUUUAAAGCUAGUGUAAAUGUACAUUACGAAUCUUUAUAACAGACUGCAUUUGUGAGUUGAAAAUGUUGGGAUGUAUACUUGAAAAAAAAUCAACGGUGAACAGUGAAUGGCUAUGUUUAGAAUGGAAUACUAGCG